AAUUGAUGGCAUUGGAAGAGAGUUUCGGAAACGUAUCCACAGAAUUAACUGAAACAAUCAUCUCGCUACAUGUGACUCGUCGCAAGUUUCAACCUCCGAUGAGUGUCGUGUCUUCUGAAGAAUCUGAGAAAGAAUUAUGCUGCAUUUGCCGGGAUGAGUAUGAUGAAGGACUAGAUAUCGGGAGACUGGUAUGCGGGCACGAGUAUCACUUUUGUUGCAUCAAGCAGUGGCUCUUCCACAAGAACGAUUGUCCGAUCUGCAAGCGGACGGCCAUCAAGCUAUGAGCGCGCUGCCAAUUAUAUCUGAAAUAAAUUUGUAUAUGUAUCUCCAAUUCCUAAUACAUCAAUUAAAGACCCAAUUAGUCUACCAUGGCAUGACUUCCUUAAUUAUUUCUCAUUGUGUAUAAUAUGCUCA